CUCUUCAACAUUUCAAUUUCAAUCCAAUUCAUUUUCUCUCAUUCGUUAAUUUUACCGCCUUGUCUGAGAUCCUUGUGAGCGGCUUCCUCAGUGUGAAUUUUUUAAUAGUUGAUUGUGAUCCGCCUGAUAUUAAAUAUUACUAUAAGUGUACUGAAUAUUGACAAAGUUGUUAUAAAUAACUAUCAAAAUGUUUUGGGGGCUUAUUAUGGAACCGAACAAACGGUACACCCAAGUGGUGGAAAAGCCGUUCCACAUUUCGCAAGCGGCGAUGGAUAUUUCCACCGGCGACAAUGACCCAUGCCAAGUUAUGGUGGUGGUUGAUGGUAAAAACUUCCUUGUAUGCACACUGCAAAAAAACAAGUGCAUACAAGUACCAUUAGACCUCUAUUUUAAGAUCGGAGACUCUGUUGCAUUUUUAACUAAUGGUAAAUGUAAUGUCCACCUGACUGGAUACUUGGACCCUGACUUUGAUGAGGAGCAGUCUGAUGAAGAGGAGGAGGCUGAGUCAGAGGAGGAGGAGGAAGCACCAGCUCCUGUGUCUUCAAAGAACAAGAGGAAGCAGUUAGAUAGCAGCACGGAAUCUUCAAGCAAUAAGAAGGCCAAGAAAGAGAAGAAAGGUAAGAAAGCAGCUGAAGAAACCUCAGACUCUGAUGAAGAAGAGGAUGAUUUGCAGAAAUUCCUGGAUGGAGAAAUAGAUACGGAUGAGAAUGAUGAAUCUUUCAAAGUGAAUACAUCCGCGGAAGCUGAUGACAGUGAGGAAGAUUCUGAUGAAGAGGAAGAAGAAGGGGAAGAGGAGGAGGAGGAUGAUGAUGAAGAGGAGAAUGAAAAAGGCGAGAGCACUGAGGCGGACACCACCCUCGACACAAGCAAGGACGAAACUAAAGUGGAUAUGUCUAAGUUGACUAAAAAUCAGAGGAAACGGCUCCGUAAGAAGAUGCAACAAGGCAAGGCGCCGCAAGUGAACGGUGUCGAGAAACCUAAGGAAAAGCCAGAGGCACCGCAAAAGGCUGAGAAGAAGAAGGCCGAACCAAAGAAGGAAGAGGAUGCAGCUGGUGAUAAGAAGGAAAAGAAAACUCUGAGCGGUGGAGUGGCUAUUGAAGAUCUUAAAGUGGGUGCAGGACCUGUCGCUAAGCCUGGCAAAGUUGUUACGGUGUACUACGAGGGUCGGUUGAAGCAAAACAACAAGAUGUUCGACAACUGCCUGAAGGGACCUGGCUUCAAGUUCCGUUUGGGCGCUAAGGAGGUCAUCAAGGGUUGGGACGUUGGUGUCGCAGGGAUGAAAGUUGGAGGCAAGAGGAAGAUCAUCUGCCCACCAGCGAUGGCGUAUGGUGCCAACGGUUCCUUGCCAGUAAUCCCACCGAACUCAACUCUUACAUUUGAGGUGGAAUUGAAGAACGUCAAAUAAGUUUUCAUAUAAUACCCUAGUUUCCUCACUGAGGUUUUUAUGAUUGAUAUGGAUGUUUGAUGUUCAUGAAUGCUGUGUGCAUUUAUAUUGUGCCAAUAUGAAGUAUCUGCAAAUAUUAAAUUCAAGCAAACAUUUGCUUUUUGCAGAUGCUCCAUAUUAAUUAAUGAUAAAAAUAAUUUUUUAAGUCAUUUUAAGCUAAGUAAUACUUAAGGUGGACACUUUUAUUGGCCAAUGUUUGAUCAAAUUUUACAUUGUGAUAGAAAAUAUUUGUUUAAUGUCAACGAAAAUCAACAGUAAAUGGAACAUUUUAUGUGGAACAAUAUUUAAUAUCCGUGAGGGAAUUAAAGAAUGGUUAAAAUGACUGGCUGUGAUCAACCUAAGGAGUAAAUUAAAUUUUGUGUCAUGUAAAAAGUUUAAGAUAUUGCCACAGUAAUCCAUCGGCAGCCUUGAAAACUAGAUUUUUUGGUAUUGCCAUAAUUAAAAUAUAAUAAAAGAAAAAAAACAUUUUUAUCACAAAAUGUAUUUGAUCAAAAAUAGGUCAAUAAAAUCAUACUAGUGGCCAACUAGCAUAAAACAUAGGCAACUUAAUUUACUUAUUGAAAUAAACAGGAUUUAGACAUGUGAAGAUAAAAUUAAAAUUUUGUUUUACAACACUUUUUUUAUCUGAUAUUUUAAUUUUCCGUGCUUAGUUAUUGUAAGUGUACUUGACUUGAAACUGUAAAAUAAACAUUUGAAUAAACCA